AUUAGGUGAAUUCAAAUUUUGCCCAUUGUCAAGGCCGCGUGCUGCUCAAUGAAUGAGGGGCGUGUCCCGAGGGGGCGGGGCUACCUGCAGGGAUAUCAACAAGAAGAAAUGAGGACAGAAACUGAACCAGCAUUUAUUCUUCUGGACCCACAGGAAGGACACACGACUGAAACCUCUAGCAUGAAGGCUUUCCCCUCAGCAGAGUCUCCCAGACAGAGGACCAUCAGAAGGUUCUCUAAACCUGUGAUGGAGAAACGCAGACGGGAGCGGAUCAACCACAGUUUGGAGACAUUACGACUCCUGAUGCUGGAUAACACCAACAAUGAGAAGCUGAAAAAUCCAAAGGUGGAGAAGGCAGAGAUUCUGGAGAGUGUGGUCAACUUCUUGAAGACAGAUAGGGAGGUGGAGAGAGGACACCGGCCCAUGAAGAGAGUCCUGUCCCAGGAGCAGAGACCGACGUCGGCCCGCCAGCACAGCUACCAGGAUGGCAUGAGGUCCUGUCUGCUGAGGGUGAGCCACUUCAUCACCAGCAAGAGCCAGGAGGUAGAGGAGUCCAUGGGGGACACGGUGCAGGAAUCUCACCCUUCAUCUCCUGGACACAUCCACAGCAGCCAGGACGCUCUGUCCCCUCAGCAUCACCACGGCCUCUCCCAUCCGUACCUCAGCCCCUGUGACACCCGGGGGCUGCUGGCCUCCACACACUUCUCUGACCCCGUGUGGAGGCCCUGGCCUCAGUGACAGACUCCUCUCACAUAGAUUCUAUUUUAACAUGGACACACUGUGUAAAUAUGUAUUUUGUUGUACAGCCUGGAUUCUUUUGUACAGUGAAGAUAUUUUCCAUGAUAGAUUGUUGAUUGAUUCUGCAUGUUUUUGCUUUUUUUUGCACACAUAGUAUUAUUUCUAUGGGGCCUCUUUAUGCAGCAGUGUCCACAACUUCAUUUAGAUUAUUUUCUUUACUUUUUUUGCUGGGACAUAAGUACUGAGGUGCGUGUGCUUGUACAGGGAUGUUAUUGUGUUUUUUUCUUUGCUCUGAGUACAUAUUGUUCAUAUUAGAGACAUGCUAUCUGCAUUUAUUCUAUUGUGCUUGACUAAUCCUCUGCUCCCGUGUACAAUAAAGCACAACUUCCUGAUCAUUCUA